AUGGCGGGUAUAAUACGACGUUUGAGACGUGCCAACAAAAAAGCCGCGAAAUUUCGCUUCACCGUCACUUUACAGGAAUUGAAUGUUUGUACCGACGAUUCAUGGACACCCGAAAUGCUGGUCGUUUCAUUCAUGCAUAGGCGUCGUCGAAUUGCAUCGAAAGAGAGAAAAUGGGAGCCAUCAUUCUCAAACAACUCAAAAUGUGUACUAAUGUGGCCGGAUCAGAUGGCGGAGAAUGUCGAGAUUGUCACGACACUCUAUCGUUCACCUGGUGAUGAUCAGUACGAAGAUAAAGAAUGGACCAUUGUUGUCGAAGAGAUUACCGCAAAGGGUAAACGAAAAGCCAUUGCCGCUGUGCCUUUAAAUGUACGGUUAUUCAUACUGGAUCUGCCUGAGCAUAAAAGCGAGCUCAAGCUUAAACUCAGGCCUCUAACCCCUCAUCUCCAACAAGCUUCAAUAGUUAUUUUGUUAGGAAGCACAAUGAUUAAGGAAUUGGCUGACGAUGAAGUCAGCAUGUCAUCAUCAAUAGCAACAUCGGCAAUCGAGAAGCAUCCGGUUGAUGAGAUUGACGCUGUCAUAGUAAACAACCAAAAAGUACAAGAAGCUCGAAAAGAAAUCGAAGCGGUGUCAAGUCAGAUAAAUGAUUGGACUCAUCAUGAAUCGACUAACAAGCACACCGAGAAUACUCAAGAACCGAAAGCCGCUAAAGUUCGACCCCUUUGGCGAAUAUCAGCCGAGGAGGAAAAGGAAAAUGUGAAACGGCAAAGUCGAGUGGGCCGUGAGAGCUCGGAAACCACCACGAGAUUCGAGGUCGAUCGCAAUUCUCGACCGAUUCCCGUUCCAAGCAAUGAUACGCCUGUUGUGAAGAAAACUAGUCUAAACGCUGGAACUCUACCGAGAGGACGCUCGCAUUCUCCGAGAGCUCCAUCACGCGAUGCUGCUCCCGCUCCAAUUGUUGGCGAGACAUUAUUGGCAUGGUGCCAAAGGAUAACCGAUGGCUAUUCGAAUGUUAAAAUCGCCGAUUUCACAAAAUCGUGGCGAAACGGGCUUGCAUUUUGUGCCGUCAUGCACACUUAUCGUCCGGAUCUCAUCGGCGGAUUCGAGCUUCUCGAUUUCUCCGAUCGCGUCGACGGACGUAAAUCGAACAUCAAAAAGGCGCUGUCGGCCGCCCAAAUGAUGGGAUUGAAUGAUGUGCCGGACGAGAACGAUAUUUUGACUCCCGACAAGGCGGCUAUCGAAUUAUUCCUUCAAAAACUCCGGCGUAUCUUCGAAGGUAAUUUCGAGGAUGCCACCCCAACAAGCGCUUCAGAUCAUCGAAUCUCGAAGAUGUUCGGAAUAUCGGAAACCGAGCAGAAGGUUGUCGAUAUGAUCAAUGAAAUCAGAGAGAAGAAAGAUAUGGAAGACGCUGUGGACUACUCGAAUGUUGAGGAAACCGACCAAAACGGUGAUAAUUUCACGACACCGUCAAAACCGAUAGCAUUGAAUGAUUCGGAUGAUGAUUAUGCCGCGGAGAAAUCGAACGUGUUCUUCCGCGAUGGAAAUAUGAUAACCAUGGUGACGCCGGGAUUCACCAAUCUUCGAGCAUCGGGUCGACAAGCAUCACCAUCAAAACGCGAUGAAUUGCGUCGUCGCGCUCGCGAGAUGCUCGACAAAUCGUCGACGCUGCCGUCGAGCGGCUUCACAACGCCGGCGGAGCGCAAAAAUAGCGACGAGGAGAAGCGGCGCGAAACCGCGCGCAAACUACUUGAAAGCGCCAAUCGCAAUGCAACUCCAUAUUCGUCAUUGCGCGGUCCAAAAUCUGGAUUGAAUGGAUCGGCGACGGAUCUCAGGCGUGUUGAACUCGUUCGGCCCUCAAUCGACGUUCACCGCUUCAAAAAACGCGACCCAUCGCCGAUUCUCGUCCGAAAAGCAUAUGAUCCAAACGAUUCGCCGCAGAUUCCUGCUAUCAGCCGUUCGGCGAACAAUGGAAGUCGGAAUCGUCUUGAUGAGCUGGCUUCAUCGCUGUCGUUCGAUCGCGUCAAACGGUAUGGUAGUAUGCGAAGUGCCGAACUCCGCGAGACCCUUCAACAACUCGCCAAACAAUACGGAUAUGGGGCGUCUCAAGAAUAUUUGGCAACGCCGACGAAAAAGUUUUCGUCGCAAUGGGAGAAAGACGUUGAUGAUGUUGAGGGGACUGCCAUCGAGCAGGAAAAAAUUGAGCAGCGGAUAGCGGAUGUUGAAGAGCAAUCGAAGGCGAUUUCCAACAAAAUUCGAGAUACCGAAAAAGGAAGCUCGGAAGAGGAGACAUUACUCGAGACAUUCAUGCGAUUGACGAAUGAGAAAAACACAUUAGUUGGACGCCAAGAGUAUUAUAAUAUAAUAGAGCAGAUACGGCAGACGACAAUGCAAAUCGAUGAAUACGCGCACAAAUUGGAUGAAUUGACGAAAAACUCGGAUGAUUAUAAUAAGAGCGCGGAUGAGAAAUCGGCGACUGAUAUGCUCAUGGACACUUAUAAGAAAGCGUUGGAUCAGAAAAGCACGUUGGUGCAGAAAUUGUUUGCCACUGAGGAGGAAAUACAUGAGGAUGAAGAACGGCUAAACAAUUUAACAUUGGAGCGGGCUUCACGAUUUGUUCGAGGAAUCGAUCAACCGGUGUCAGCAUCGAAACGAUUAAUGCAAUGGUGGAAGAAGUAG